UCUCUAGAGGGGAAGGAGCAUUAUACUCUGGAAGCACUUGCUGGAUGGGGAAAACAGAAGUUCCUCUCCGUAUGCUAACUCCGUAAUACAAGCGUUUGUGUAUUUUAAAAUCACAGCUGUUCCAAAUGUAAUCUAGCCUCGUUUUCCCCCUCCCUCGGAUGAUAGGUGUUCUUCAGGACAGUUUUAUUUUAAGGAAUUCUUAGACCCAAGUAAACACCAUCAUUAAAAGAACUGAUAACUAUUAUCAGUUCUUCCUUUGGAGUCCAUCUUAAAUGGAAAGGAGAUGGGAAAAACUUUUUUAAAAAGAAGAAAGAAAACUGAAGUUUUUUAAUUGACAAGAGAAAUAUUCAGAAGACUCCUUAUUUUCACCUAGAUGUAUCACAAAAUUGAGAAACAAACAUUAUCCCUUGACCAUGUAGAUUUUACACCACAUUAUGUCAACGGCAUGUACCUUCCACAUUCAGUAUUCAGAAAGAAGUGAUCUGAACUCUGACUAUUCUUUAUGGAUACAGUAAGUCAGAUAUAAGAGUCUGGCUACUUGACAGACUGGCUGGAGCAAACAUGAAUGUUGGAGUUGCCCACAGUGAAGUGAAUCCAAAUACCCGUGUCAUGAACAGCCGGGGUAUGUGGCUAACAUAUGCAUUGGGAGUUGGCUUGCUUCAUAUUGUCUUACUCAGCAUUCCCUUCUUCAGUGUUCCUGUUGCUUGGACUUUAACAAAUAUUAUACAUAAUCUGGGGAUGUAUGUAUUUUUGCAUGCAGUGAAAGGAACACCUUUCGAAACUCCUGACCAGGGUAAAGCAAGGCUCCUAACUCAUUGGGAACAACUGGACUAUGGAGUACAGUUUACAUCUUCACGGAAGUUUUUCACAAUUUCUCCAAUAAUUUUAUAUUUUCUGGCAAGUUUCUAUACGAAGUAUGAUCCAACUCACUUCAUCCUAAACACAGCUUCUCUCCUGAGUGUGCUAAUUCCCAAAAUGCCACAGCUACAUGGUGUUCGGAUCUUUGGAAUUAAUAAGUAUUGAAAUCUUUUGAAACUGAACAAAACUUUUUACAGCUGCUGAAUUUCUUAUAAGAAAGGAGUGGUUAUAAACUGCACUGUUUCUGUGAUAAUGUGAAAUUAAGAAGUAUUUACAUUGGAGGGCCAAUGGCUGGUCCUUCAAGUGCUGUUUUGAAGUGCAGAUUUCCAUUAAAUGAUGCCUCUGUUUAAUACAUCUGGUAUAUUUCUGAAGAGGGGCUUAAUAAGCAGGCUGGGCAGGCCCAGCUUAUAAGUUCAAGGGCAUCACAGUGAGGGUGUAGUAGAUAAAUUCAAGGAAAUAAGAGAUUUGUAAAAAACUAGGACCAGCUUAACUUAUAAUGAAUGGGCAUUGUGUUAAGAAAAGAACAUUUCCAAUCAUUCAGCCAUGGUUAGUUAAAGCAGACUUACAUGUAAACCGGAAUCAUCUCUAUACAAGUUUAUUAAAGAUUAUUUUUAUUACUAUACAUAUUUCUCUUGUUUUAUGUAAGAGGAUGUAUAUCCUUUUGUUUUAUACAAGCCAUUUCUCACUUAUGAGGGUACUUUUUUGGUUUUGCUGGCUCAAUAUUGUGUAUUGGUCAGUGAGGCCAUUUUUACAUUUAUUACAUUACAGAGUUCAUGGAGGUUCACCUUUGUGACUGAUUGGUGAUAGAAAAUAGCCAAGUAUCUGACAAGCAGCCUCUGAGUCAGUGUUCUAAUUUUGGAACAAAGGGGGUUUUACUGCUUUUCCAGACACAAGGCUGCUAAACCAAUUAAGAAAAUAAUUUAUUUCUUUCAAGCAACUAAAAAGUAAUGGUAAUUUAAAGGUGUCUGCUUAUUUGGUUGAACAAUUUAACUGGCAAAGUUUGUCAUCAUUUGAAAAAGGAAAUAUAAAAGGAACAACCAUAUAGCCAACCUGUGGCAGAAAUGACGUCUCUAGCAAUAGUACCAAAGUAAGUAAUGGAGUCUUUUUUGGCAGGUCUGCAGUAAAAGAUAACAUUUUCUUUUCUUAGUUCUCCUGCUCUCAACCCCCAUAUUUUGCCUAUGAAUAUUUUGCCUUUGAAUACGUGGGUUUUAGUAUAUAUAGCCCAAAAUGGUAACUGUCUCCAGAACAGCAACCAUAUUGAAUUCUUGUGACUUAGGAAAGCUUCCUAUAGUUGCUGACAUUAAUUGCAAGAAAUAACUAUAUACUACUUUGAGAAGUAAACAUGUCAAAAAAAACCAAGUUCAGAUAUGGGACAAAAUUUAAAAAUUCAGUAACAUUUAUAAACAUAAUUGAAUGAAAAGAGUUAUAGACCAACUUAAACAUCAAUUCGUGUCAGUAAACUGACUUUGGGGGGUAAUGAUCAUUGUUUUGUAUUUCAAAAGUAUUGAGUUUAGAAAUCAGUUGUAUGAUACUACCUUUGUAUGUCUGUCUUUUCCCAUGUAUUUUUAAAUAACUGGUGAUCCAUAAUUUAAUAAAAUUUUUCCUUGGUGUAA